AUGGUCGUCGAAUACAGUCCCGAAGAAAUCAAAAAAGCCCACGAGGUCCUCUACAAUGAAGGCAUCAAAAUGCGCUACCAAGUCGCCGGCAAAGAAUACGUCGACGCCGCCCUAGCCAACGCAAAGAACCCCUUCGCAAUCGCCAUGCAAGAAUACGUCUCCGAAUCCUGCUGGGGCUCCAUCUGGACGCGCCCCGGCCUCCCCCUAAAAGUCCGCUCCUUCCUCAACAUCGCCAUGCUCUGCAACCAGAACCGCUCGACCGAGCUCGCCACGCACGUCAAAGGCGCGCUGAACAACGGCGCGAGCGAAGAGGAGAUCCGCGAGGUGAUUUUGCAGGCGAGCUGUUACUGUGGGAUGCCCGCCGGGAUUGAAGGGUUUCGGGUGGCGUGGAAGGCCGUGCAGGAGUGGCAGGAGCAGAAGAAGAGGGAGGGGACGAGUGUGGGCGAGCAUACGGAUGUUGGGGUUGCGGAGAGGGUUAAGGGGGAUGAUUAG